AUGUCCGAACCAAACAGAGAGGGCGCCGAGGGCGCCGGCCAGCCCUCCGACGAUGACGACUUUGCCGCUGCGCUCGAGGCCUGCAUGGCUUCAGACGAGGACGACGAAAUGGAAGAAGGCGAGGACCUCCUGACAACGCUACCGGACGACUGCCUGCUCCGCAUACUGCGUUUCCUCCCUCACGCGUCACUGCUGACCACCGCAUUGCGGAGCGUCAAUAAGAGGUUUGGCGAUGCAGUUGCAGCCGAAGGGCUGGCGUCCGCGCUCGAGCUGGCGCUGCGCACCUGCGGCGGCGCCACCUUCCGGCUCAAGUUUCGCCCGCUCGUCUUCAACCUCGGCGACCCUAAGAACCCUCAGCUGCGCCGCAAGCUGCUGGACGGGGCCCUCUCCCCCUCCGCGAUGCUGCAGCUGACCGCGUCGGACAUGGCGAGCUCGGCGCUGCAGCGGCAGCGCUCCGAGUGGCGCGAGAAGCGCAAGCGCGACUGCGUCCGCGAGCGGCCCGUCAAGGGCUUCGUCACCGACCUCUACCGAUGCGACCGCUGCGAUUGCACCCGCGCGGCGGUCCACCGCGCCAUCCGCGCGGGCCAGAAGCAGGUCGACCGCGCGCGCACCUACGCCACAUGCACAGACUGCAGCCACAGGUGGGAGGUGUGA